UACAAAUUUGACAUAGUAAAUUAACAAAUGACGCUUCAUUCAUUCAAAUAUAUGUAAAAUAGUUAAAAAUAGUUUGGAAUAUUUUAUGUGAAAACAUUGGAAGUAUUUUAAGAAAAUGCUAUGUCCUGAAGGCGCACAAUACACAAACGAAACAGUCGUUAAAGAAGAAGAUGAAAGCAGUAAGAAAAAUAUAAAAAUGUCAGUGGAAGGUACCAGUAGCUUGGAAUUAAACUCUUAUAAACAUCCUAAGAGUUGGAAAAAAUCUAUAACAAACUUUUUUCGAAAUCAAUUAAGAUCUACAAAAUCUAACGAUGGUGAUCACUCCUCUGGCAGUAAGGAAAACUUUGAUAAAAAAGAUAUAAGCCCUGAGCAGAAAUGGCAGUCCCUGGGUAAGGUAUUCAGACGUCAAAGCUUCGUCGAUCACUGGCAAAAGUCUCCGAAUCAGCAUGGUGAGAGUUCAUCACAAAGUAAACGUCAAGCUGUAAGAAAAGUAUUGUCAACUUAUUUUGGAAAAUCUCCGAAAACUACAAACGAGAAAAAUGAAAAUUAAUAUUGUGCUCUAAAUUGUUAAAUAAAUUCUAUAUUUUAAUAAAUUCUCUUAUCCUCAA